UUUGACGAGUUCUUUCUGGUUAAGUGUAAUGAGUUUCGACAUUUGAUGGACAUUUAGAGAUUGUCGCUUGUUACAAAGACACAAGAGAGUGAAACAAGAGAGAAAAAAAUUAAUAUAUUCUAUCUUUGCUUGGGGAGGUCCCUUCAUUUUUACUAUCAUUUGUAUUAUCAUGGAUUUCGUACCCAACGUGCCGGAAAACUUAAUCCGACCGGAAAUAUGUGUCAAUGAUUCUUGGUUUGAUGAGAAUACGGGGUUUCAAUUGUAUUUUUAUGGGCCGCGUAGUAUCUGUAUUAUUAGUAGCAUUUGCUUAACUAUUUACACAGCAUUGAAAAUUAUGCGUUAUGAAAAGGACACAACCCGUCAUCUGAGAGAUUCAGAAAGCAGAUUUUAUAAUGACAACAAGCGAUGGUUCAGUCUGUAUCUAAGACUGUUUAUCAUGCUGUUCAUCAUAAUAGCCAUAAAUUGGAUUAUAACAUCAGUGUACGAAUUUUGGCUGUCUGAUUAUAUUACAAUGUUGUACGUUCUUCGUAGUAUUAUUGUAUUGAACACCAUGGAAGUUAUCGGUACGUUCAUCAUAUUCGUGUGUAAAAAGACAAUCAUACGAUUGCUAUUAAAGCGUUUCUGUCAGAAUUGCAAGUUUUUUUCCAAAACUUCGACAUAAACCGGUUACAAAUUUGAAUAACUGUACCAUGUCAAGAACAAUUUUUUAAUGGAGAAACAUUAAUUAUGGGAAAGCAAACCGUCAAACAAAAAGUUUGUCCGAUGAGAAUGUAUAAUCUUAUAUAUAUUUAUCCUUGUUGAAAUUAGGAUCUAAUUUGAUAUAUGGUAUGAUGCAUAAGU